ACUUAAACAUUUUUUUAAUGAACAAAAUUAAACACAUCCUUCUACCACGUACUAACAACUAACAACCACAGAAAUGGCAUCUCCACCGUUCAUUCUGAAGCCUGUAUAUAUAUUCCCCUCCCAUCGCUGGAGUUUCCUCGCACUCGCAUUCGAAUUCGCUUACACCUUUCUCAUCUUGAAGCUCUGCAUCCGAAUCUUACAGAGGUAGAUCUCUUUUCUCUUUUCUCUUCUCUCUUCUCUCUUCUCUCUUCUUCUGUUCUUCAUUUCAUUUCACUGUUUAUCACCUUAGAUCUUGAAUUCUGCAUCUGAUGUAGUGCGAUUGUAUGAAUCUUGGGAUCGAUCUAAGUCCAUGUUGUUUUGAGUUCUGCUGCAUGAAGAAUGACGAUCUUCUGUUUUCUUCUGAGUUUAAUCUUCUGCAUUGCGUAAUCUUGUGUUCGAUUGAAGUUUCGAUGAUUUCUAUGCUUCUGUUUUUGUUGUUAGUCGAUAUGUGCUUUCCGAAAUUGUUUAGUGCCUUCUUUGGCGAUUGAUGGAUUUCCUUUGCGAUCUUCAUUUUCUAUUGAUUCGAUUUUGUUACAGUAUAUUUCUUCCCAAUCCGAGUAGAUCUUUCAAUUCUGAUGUCGAAAUUAGUUAUGGACUGCUACUUUUGUUUGUUCUAAGAGAAAAUUUGCUGGAUCUAGUUUUAUGUUGACUGUUGCCACUGUGUGUAAAUUGUGAUGCGGUUGAAGUUGUUUCCUUGCCAAUUGCCAUACUAUUUGCUAGCUAUCGUUUUUAGUUAAAAUUUCCGCAAGUCCUAGUGUUUGGCGUUGGUUAACUGCGUUUUGUUCUUUCAAUUAGUAUGGUACUUCAUCUCGUUUCAUGUAAUCUGGUUGGUUUUUUAAUCGGCAGAAUGGAUUUUAUUAAAAGGGAGACUGGAAA